UAAGAAAUAUAUGAACAGACAUCAAAGAGAAUUUUGUAAAAAUAACCCGCCUACUCCAUUUUCCACUUCUAUAUCCGGAAGAGGACUUGAUGAUAAAGAAGUGUCUGAUUUUCCAGUGAACGAAGUCACUAAAUCCAGGGGCAGGAAGAAACAGAGCGAGCGUUUACAGUGAGAUGGCCAGUCCAAACGCUGCUUCACCAGGACCUAUCAGGCUGCCCAACGGGAAGCUCCAGUGUGAGGUGUGUGGGAUGAUCUGCAUCGGACCCAACGUGCUGAUGGUGCACAAGCGUAGCCACACAGGUGAGAGGCCGUUCCAGUGUAACCAGUGUGGAGUUUCCUUUACCCAGAAGGGGAACUUGUUGCGCCACAUAAAGUUGCACUCAGGAGAAAAGCCUUUUAAGUGUCCCAUUUGCAACUAUGCUUGUCGCGGGAGAGAUGCCUUGGCUGGACAUCUACGCACACAUGCAGGAGCUGGCCAAGACGUGGCAUCCAGACCACAACCCCAGCAAGAAUGCUGAGGAAAUGUUUAUGAAGAUUCAAGAGGCUUAUGAAGUCCUUCUACGCCGGCACAGACCUCAUCGAUUCAAAUAGUUGCACUUCACUCAUUUCUGACUGACACUGAGACUCUUGGCCACAUUGUUCUUCAGUCAUUAUUUUCAAGAGCAUGCACAAACAUGGAUGUGAGGGGCCUGCAGCAAUCCCUAAAAUCAGGCAUAAUAAAACCCAUCA